CCUCCGUUGCCCUAGCUGGACGGAGCACCGACCUCAAGCUGGAGAAGGAACUGGCGCGGAUUGAAGCGCUUCCUCGCCUUUAGCACCAUGCACCGGGCGGAAAGGCAGGAUGAGGUGGAGCUAGAAAAAAGUGUCCGCCGACUACGGGAGAAAUUCUAUGGAAAAGUGAGCAUCACGGAUGCUGUGUUUCUGAUGCGGACGUUCCACAAUGAUCAUGAAAUGGUCUGCAAGUACAUCGUCCUUGAUGUAAAAGAAACAGAAGGUGUAGAUCCAGAAGAUGGAGAGAAGCUCAGAAGUGAUCCGAUAGCAAUGAAAGUAGUGAAUAAACUGAAGAAAGAAGAGGAGCAGAAUAAACAGGAGACCAAAGGCAAGGAUGAUAAGAAGAUUAAGGAAGUUGCUAGACAGCUGAUGCCCUUGACAAAGGAGAACUUACAGAUGUUCAAUAAUGCCCAAAACAAUCGCAUCCCUCCAGCUAUUCGCCAAUUUGCCUGCCAGUCCUGUGACCAAAUGUGGUGGCGUCAGGUCCCAGAGAGAAAACAGGUGUCCCGUUGCCGCCGAUGUCGAAUCCGCUAUGAUCCAGUGCCAUAUGAUAAAAUGUGGGGCACAGCAGAGUUUAAAUGCCCCUCAUGUGGCCAUACUUUCAGGGGAUCAGCUCAGAUGGGGAUACCAUCUCCUUGCUUCCAGUGCCAUACACCCGUACUUCCAAGCUUUAUCCUCCCACCUCGAAAGUACCCAGGACCCCGAGGCAGACAGCAGCAUUCCUGCUUUGCAGAGGAUUGCUACAACCGAUCAGAGCCUCAUAUUCCCGGAACCCAUUGUGUUCAUCCACGAAGCCGGGUCAGGAAUCGCUUGCCAAAAGUCCUCUGUCCCAGCGAAGAGCAUGAUAGCACGGGUUCCACAGUAGCCACUUGCAUAAGCCAAGGCAGCCUGGCAUGUUCGAACAUCAGUGACCUCAUCUUAGAGGAUCUGAAAGAACAGGAUGAGGAGGACGAUAGCGAGGGCAGCAAUUAGCCAUCCGUGGGCUUGAGAAGCCAACCACCUUACGGGAGAUGGGCAGAAGGUUGCAAAUUAGGUAAAAUGGCAUUUGUAUGGAGUCUUGCUUUAUAUUCUUCUGAACUCCAUGCCUAUCUGUUCUAAUUAUGAAAAGUGAUUUGCUUCAAGCCCAAUUUGAUACUAUAAAAAAGAUAUGAUGGGGACUGGGGAAGCUUUGUCGUCAUCACAAAGCUCAUCGACCUGCGCUUUAGGUUCAUGGGACCAAAACAAUAAAGAUGAUGGAAUUGGAGGAUCCCAAGUAAUAAGCUAAUUGAUGAAGAGAAUAAUUCUCAUUGUGAUACGUUUUAAUUAUUGAAAUAUGAAACUGAAAGACCAAAUGUUUUUCUUAAUUAAAAAGGGCAAGCAAAUACCCUCCAAAGUACUUGUAUAAUAAUAGUAAUGCUAUUCAAGUAUUAGUUAUACCAUAUAUAAACCGUCUUUCUCUGUAUAUAUUAGAGAAUUAUCCUCUUUAAAGGGCAUCAGAGUGGGGGGAAGCUAAUAUAUACAAUGCCUUAAAAUUGAGAUUUUUAAAAUGGAAAGCGUUAAUAUGUCUCCUACUGUGCAGAUAUUUUUUUAAAAAACAGUGAUGAAUGCACAUAACAAACUGCAGUGUAUCUUUUGUUGCCCUGGUACAUUAAAAUGCAAAUUAAAAUAUUUUUGCUAUGUCUGAUUUCACCAACAAAGGUCCUACUAUUAGUCUAAAAUCAAUCAGAAGUUGCCUGCAAUACCACCUGGAAGGGGAUGUUGAGAAACUCACAAGAUCUGGACCACAACUAUUCCCUUGGAAUUACUAAGUGCAACAACUGUUCUUUAAGAAACGUUAAGGAUUGGUUUGAAGAGGCAAAUGUCCUAGAUUCUGUUUCAGACAUUUCCACAUGGGAGCAUCGGGGGACCUCUGCAAGAGACUCAAGGGAGCCUGCCUCAGAAUAGACAUUGUAUGCUAGAUGUCCAAGAUCUAGUAUAAAACAUCUUAAUCAGGACACAAUUGUAUAUGUAAUAUAGCUUUAUGCAUUCACUUCUUAUUCUUACUAGGGGAGAGCUGAGAUGAAAACCUGCAGAGGGGAGUUCCUAGUAGGGUGACACACAGAUCUGCCUGAGAAUCCCUUCCUUUUGCUGCUUUGCUACAGCCUUGUGAUUGGACCACAUGAAUGGAAAGAAUUGUCCCUAUAUAAACAUCUAAGAGGGGUUAAAACAGUGCUUGGAAAAAAAAGUGGACAAGGCAGUGUUACUCAUAAUAAAUUCAUCUGUCUUCAUUU